GCGCAAGGAGUAGACUGGCUGAAGAAAUUUUCUCCGCCGUUCAAUACGACAACGCGUGCGCUUUUCUUCCGGAGGAGCCAGUAGUCGUUCUAAUGGUACUUUCAUACGAGGGUGUUGUUUAACGAUGAGAGGUUUUGAUUUAACAAUGAAUAAUUCGGGUUGUGCGACUUGCACACUCGAACCACCGCCUGAUAUUCUUCAUAUACCGCCACCGCCGUUCCCAGCGAUUCUCCAACAAAGUUCCGACUUUUAUCCGCACACGGAUUUAUUAUCGUUUCCACCUCAUCUCAAUGACAGCCCUUGUAAACAUUUCUGCGAUCGCCGCUCCGAAGGUGUUCAAUACAUAGAAAUGCCUCAACAAGGAACAGUAUUUGACGAUACAUGGUUGCUGGUUCUAAUAUUCUCCUGUAUCGGUGUAAUUUUCAUAGGCAUCAUUCUGGCGAUAUUACUCUUGAAAUGCAAAUUCAAUAGAAGUGGCAAGAGCGGCGUAAUUUCCAUACCAAACACAACAUCUGGUAUACAAGCAAAAAACGGGAGGAUUCAAAACGAAGCUGUUCUUUAUCCCUGUGCAACUGAUACUAUGCAAGAUAGCCGUGUUAUGUGGGCUACUCUGACACCACGGGGUACCACCAGACACUAUCUAGAGGAACAUACCUAUGAAACCAUUGGCGGUGGACAAUUCCAUAAGCGUGCCUGUUCAACUACGCCAACUGAACAUGUAAAACUUAAGACUUACGCAGAUCCACCGGUAACUACCCCGAUUCAAAAUCGCCUGAAGGACGACAAAGCCUUUGAUAACACUGCGUUUGUAGAUUACGAAGAACCUUCGUUAAUAAAGACUGACUAUUAUCAGCUCAAUGAUGUUUUGGAGUCGAAUGAUCCAGGUAUACAAAGAGGAACAUCGCGCCCACGCGUCAGUUCGCCGACACGAAUCGAACAUCCAAAUUUACCACCCCUUAAUCUUCACCCUCAUAAACGUUCCUCUCGUAAAGGAUCUGCUACACCACAAGCUACAGAUACUUUAUUAAGAAGUAGUAUCACAUCAUCUACAUAUAUUCCUACUAUAUAAGUUUUACGUCCAAUCUUUGUUAUACAUACAUAUUUAAAGGCUUAUACAAUAAGCGACAUAAACAACAGUACAUUUUGUAUACAUUACCUUUACACCUAGUCAUUAUAAAUAAGAAAUAACUGCCAGUCAAAUUAAAGCGAUCUAGUCGUUAGCCGGUAUAUGUAAAUUAUAUAUACUUUUUUCUUUAACCAAUUAAAAAAUUGAAAUCAUAGUAAUGUGAUCGAGUUAGUAUAUUUAGAUAUAUAACAUUCUAUAUAUGUUAAAUUUGUAUUGUGUAUGAAAUAUCAUAUAUCUAAUAAAAUUUAGGGAUGUAUGUAAAAAUUAAUCUUAUUUCAUACAUCCAUGUAUAUUUUAUUUUGGCCAAUAAAAUUUUAUCAUUUUCACGAACAUUUUCAUAAUAUUAAUUUAUUACAGAUAGGAACUCAGAUAUAGUUAAACAAAGAAGAUAAUAUGUAAAUAUUUUUGUAUGUAUUAAGUAUUAACAAAUUCCCUGUAAAUUUUGAUUUUAUAUAAAAACCAGAUUGAUUUAACAUAUUAGUGUUUUGUAAAUCUACCACAUUUCAUAUAAGUAUACAUUUAUGUAGGAUCUUUACUACAAUUAGUUUAUUUACAAUAAAUGGAUUAAACAAAUGUUGGUUAAACAGGAAACGAUGGUUCUUUAACGUGAAUUAAUCAUAAUAACGUAUUAUAAUUAAGACAAGUAGAUAGUUAAUUUGCAACUCUUGUCACCACGAAUUCAACGCUCUCUCUCUCUCUCUCACACGCAGACUACACUCUCUCGACAACGCAAUUAACACUCUCUGACUUCUCAACUAGCACUCUGACUGUUAAUUUGUCUUUCUCCCUUAGCAUCCCUUUGUCUUUUAUCUAAAUCCCACCACGCACGUGUUCCGUAAUCGCUCGUGGCCAGGGUCACGCAGGCCUUUCCCGCGAAAUUAUUCGAUUGAAGGACCGACGAUACAUUGUUGGGACUGUCGGCUUUCUCGCGACAUUGUUUAUAGUUCGCCCGAUAUCUCUUAGGCCUUUCAUCCACGAUACUACAUUUAUAUAUGAAUGAAACUCACAAUAUGUACAUAUGGAUAGUCAAAUUUACAACUCGAUAUUGUUUAAAAUAUGAGUCAGGCUUAAAUACUGAAAUAAAGUGUUUAUAAAAUAAAACUAUAAUUAGAAAACUUAGUUCUUAUUAUAUAAAUAGUUUCAAACGUAAAAUAUAUCUGUAUAUAAGUAAUUUUAUAAUUUUAAAUUUAUUCGAAAUAAAGCAUUACAUUACAGCUUCUUAUUUUUGUAUAAAGAAUAUGCAGUAACUAAAUAUUACACUUUUUACUGAUAAAUUUUGUUAUUAAAAUAAAUGUGAUUCCUAUUAAAAGGAAAUGCUAUUUAUUAUGACAUUAUUUUUUCAAUUUGUGUUAACAAAUUACUGUUAUUCUUUACAUUGAAAAAAGAAAUUAACAUUCCACUUUUAAACAAAUAUGAUACUACAAAAAAAAGAUUAUACUGUGGAACUCUUUUAAAUACUAUAGUAAUAAUAUGAAUAACAUUACUUUUCCAUAUAAAUGUUCACAGAAUAUUCUCAGAAUGUCUUUAGAAUAUUCUACCCAGUAGUAAACUCUUUUAUGCUAAAAUAUUUUGUAAUUUUUGGAAGUUAUUGUAAGUUAUUCUGCUUAUACAUUGUCAGUAGUUGUUUAAAUAAAUAUCUUUUUU